UACCUUCAGAUGUAUGUGACCUAAUGCCAAUGGCUGGGCAUUUUGGAGCAUGAAACACAACGACGAGUUGGAAUACCAGCGAUCCAUUAAGUCCAUCUUUUCUUAUUCUGUUGCUUCCAUGUUUCCAACUGAGAAAUGGAGGAUCCAAUCUGUUAUGGAGAAAAUGUCGACUCCAAAUAUUUCUCUGUUUCAAUUCUGGGCACCCAUCAAGGUCUAUGGAUCUACUUUCCUGUCCACUGCGGAUCAAACAUUUGCUUUCUAUAUAUAACGAAAUUGAUAAGAGUCUCUCUUCAUACAGGAAGCUCUGUCUAGAUACUUUGAUUCCCGUGGACUACAGCUACAAGGAAAUUCCAUUUGGUCCCCCUGGACGAGUUUUCUCAAGAUGCUUGCCAGAAUAUAACCCCGACGUCCGAAACUACUCCUCUGCAGAGUUUCCACUGCUUCCAACUGCUAUUCCCUUGGGAAUUCAUUCUUUUUAUGCAUUUCCAAUUUCCAACUUCCAUGAUCACCAGUGCCUUGGUGUAUUUGAGAUUGUAUCUACACAGCCAUCUCUCCAUCUUCCCAACCUUAUUCAGGGCUUGAAUUUCGAAUCAGUUGGGUUGUACAUUCCUAACUCAUUGGACAUACUUUUGGACCUUCAAAUCUGCAGGAUGGUGAAAGACUUAACUAUAUAGAGGGCGGGUUAUAUGAGAUCCUUGAAAGACAUAGUUUACCCUUUGCUCAAAUUUGGACUCCUUCUUCUCGAUAUGGCUCUUUGAAAGUCUUGUAUAGUGCUGCUGCCUCCAUAUAUGAACCUCCGAAACCAAUGUAUCAUGAGUUUGAAUAUUCUUCUGAGGUCUGUCUUAUUGAGAGUCGCAAGGCAUUGGUUGGGAGGGCAUUUGCAUCACAAGGUUCAUGCUUUUGCAAAGAUGUUACUCUAUUAAGCAUCGAAGAGUACCCUUUGGUGCCUGGUGCACAAAAAGCUAGAUUCACUCAGAGUUUUGCUAUUUGUUUGCAAAGUAAAUGCGCCAACAAAUUUAUUUGCGUAGUUGAGUACUUUCUGCCACCCAACGAAAUGGUUGUAAGAGAUACAAAGAUUUUCUUAAACAUGCUUCUAUCCACAAUGAAAGAACAAUAUCUAGGUUUCAUAGUUGCUCCUGGAAAUGAACUAGGGCAGAGGAUGCUCGUUGAAGUUCUUAAAGAUUCCCCGAGUGAUGAACUUGAUUCCUUUGAAAUUGGCCAAACUCUGCUGAGUGUUCAAUCACUUCAGGAUGGAGGAGAAACAACAGAAGUUGGCCAACGUCUGUCGAGUGUUCAAAGGAUUGAAAAAGAUUAUGGAAUUACUCGCAAGAUUCUGGAGGAGCAUUAUGGCAUGACUCUUCAAGAUGCUGCCAAAAAUCUACGUAUUAGUCGAGCAACACUGAAACGGAUAUGUAGAGAAAAUGAAAUUGCUAGAUGCCAAAUCACAAGACUAGAAAGGUUAAUGUCCAUGUUAGCCAAGGCGUAUCUUUUCAAGAUGCUGAACCAUAUGUGGGCGAUCAAUAAUGUCCUGCUCUUUCCCAAGAAAAAGGCACCGAAUAUUUAAGUAACAAAAAAUCUCCUGCAACAGGAAAACCUUGUGAUAGUGUGAUGACUUUAAAGGUUACAUAAAGAGGUGAUAUCAUUAAGUUUCAACUCUCCCUUCCAUCAACGAGGGUAAAAUUGGAGGGGGAAGUGGAAAAGAGGUUUAAG